CUCUGGUGAUGUUUGAUCUUCCGCUUCCGGGCGGCGCGAGCUAGAACUGAUAUCGAAACAAUAACAAAACCAGCAAAACUCGACAAAAGCUCCGUUAGAGUGGAUCUGACUCCAGCAUCAUGUCUGGAAACCCUUUUCCUGAUCAGUCGAGUGGAGAGGAGGCGUUCGGAUCGGAGGCAGAGGAAGAGCGCGACAGAGCGGAGCUGAGACUUGUUCUCAUUGGCCGCACAGGCUCAGGCAAGAGCGCCACAGGAAACACCAUCCUAGGACGACGCCACUUCCUGUCUGCGCUGAGGGCGGGUUCAGUGACCCACGUGUGUGAAUGCGGCCGCACGGACGAAGAGAUGAAGAGCGUUCUCGUCGUGGACCUGCCAGGAUUCGGCGACACUCGUUUCGAUGUGAAUCACGUUCACGCAGAGAUCGCAAAAUGCAUUGCGCUCACGGCUCCUGGGCCACAUGCCUUCCUGCUGGUGAUCCCGCUCGGACGAUACACGGCGGACGAAGAUCAGGCCGUCGCACAAAUGCUGCGUGUGUUCGGAGAGGAGGCGCUCCGCCACACGGUGGUGCUGUUCACGCAUGGAGACGAACUGGACGACGGCGGGAUCGAGAGUUUCCUCGAAUCGGCUCCGGAGCGACUGAGGAUCCUUCUGCGCGUCUGCGGUGGACGCUACUGCGUCUUCAACAACCGAGCGCCGGAAAACCGCGCGCAAGUGAACGCGCUGCUAACGAUGGUGGAUAGCAUGGGCGGAGCUUGUUACACCAACAGCGUGUUCCUGCACGCCGAUCACGCGAUACGUGACGAGCAGCGGCGGCGCGGUCGCAGCAGACGUCAGGCCCUGCGAUCCGCGCUCAGUCACGUCCGAAGCGAAGUCGCGCUCUCUGGGAAAGUUCUAGAGCGCGUGAAAGCGCUAGUCGCAGCCGGAGCCACUGGUAUGGCGGUAGGAGCCGUUUUUGGAGCCGCAGCUCCUCUGGCGGCCGCAGCGGGAGCCUCCAUGAUGGGCGGCGGAUCGGUGGCAGGAAGCGCAAUAAUAGCGGCGGCGACCGGAAAGAGCGCGAUGGCUCUGGGAGCGGCGACAGGCGGCGUUUUGGGAGGAUCGGUGGGAGCGCUAGCGGGCGCGGAGGCUGCAGGAACGAGAGAAGCCGCGUUGGAAGCAGUGCAGCAGGUGGGCGUGGUCGGCGCUGCAGUGGUGGGCGUGGCUGCAGGAGUGGGCGGAGCCGUUGGGGCGGGGCAGUGUUGGGGGCAGUGCUACAGGGAGGAGCAAUAACUGCAGGCGAAACGGUUGCAUCAAAUGCGGUGGUUGCCGCGGGUAACGCCGGCAUCGGAACAACCGCGCGCAUCCUGAGCGCCGUCGGCGAGAUCGGAAGAGCUGCGGCGGGAAUCGCGGUGGCCGGAGGACUGGUGAUCCGAGUGGUGAAGGAGAAAGUUCGGUCCGCUUCAGAAAACGGCUUCACUGAACGCAGCUCCUACGAGAUCCACUGGAACAAGUGAGCGAUGCGGAGCGCAGUGCUAACGUUUACGAUUGCGCUGUAAGAGUUUAAUCGUAUACCGACUUCAAAUCCUGCAAUGAUUAUUGCCUCCUACAUCAGCACUUAUCGUCAUUGAGUGACUAAUGCUUUUCAUUCAGAUUUAUACGACAUAAAGUUUAUUUGAUGUGUUUGGAGUUUUUUACUAGUUUUUACCUGCACAGUUACGAAGCUCGUUUACAGUUAAACAUGCUGUUUAUUGAACAAACAUUUAGUGCUCUUAAAACUGACCUGCUCAGCAUUGCUGUGUUUAAAUGGAUCCUGACGUGUGUGUGAAGAUUGAGUUCGGACUGGUUUCUGGAGAUCAGUACACGUGUGAGAUUCACUGAACACUGUGUGUUUGUUUUCUGAAGCCGUUGAACCAAAAUAAACACAUGAAUUAUCUCA